UUCGGGAGAGAGCUUCAUCCGAACUCUCCCCCCCCCCGAAACGGGCGAGAAACACGGGCUUGUUUGAGGAGCACGACGGGUGAAUGUCCGCCAUUUAUUGACCAGAGAUGGUCUUCUAAGUAACAGAGCCAUCACCUGACCUCCCCGUCCCAUCAGCACCAUGGAGCCCGUCAACAGCUACGUGCUGAUCCACGGGAAGAACAUCUCCCACAGCCCCCUGGGGGGCUCUGGCGUGGGGCCACACAUGUCCAUCGACAAGCUGUUCCCGGCUCUCCUGGAGUGCUUUGGCAUCAUAUUGUGUGGCUACAUAGCCGGCAGGGCCGACAUCAUCACACAGAGCCAGGCGCAGGGUUUGGGCAACUUUGUGUCCAAGUUUGCUCUUCCGGCUCUGCUCUUUAAAAACAUGGUGCUGUUGGACUUCGCAGACGUCAUCUGGUCGUUUCUCUGGAGCGUCCUGAUCGCUAAGGUGACGGUGUUCGUGCUGGUGUGCGUGCUGACUCUGAUGGUGGCCAGUCCGGACUGCAGGUACAGCAAGGCCGGCUUGUACGCCAUCUUUGCUACGCAGAGCAACGACUUCGCCUUAGGAUACCCCAUCGUUGACGCUCUGUAUCGAAGCACAUAUCCAGAGUACCUCCAGUACAUCUAUCUCGUGGCCCCGGUCUCCCUCAUGCUCCUCAACCCCAUCGGCUUCGCUCUUUGCGAGGUGCAGAGGUGGAAGCAGGCCAGCCACUCCCACAGCACCCUUGGCAUCCUGGGACUCGUAGUCCUCCAGGUGUUGAAGAACCCGAUGGUGUUCAUGGUCAUCGUGGGGAUCAUCGGCCACUUCGCCCUGGGCCAGCGUAUCCCCGCCGUGCUGUCGGAGUUCAUCGACGGCUUGGCCAACUCGUUUGGAGGCGCGGCCUUGUUUUACCUCGGACUCACUAUGGUCGGACAGCUUCGAAAACUAACGCGAGACACCGGAGUGGCCUUGAUCCUGCUCAUCACAGCCAAACUCCUGGUGAUGCCGCUGGUCUGUAAAGACAUGGUGGACAUUCUGGACGUGGGCGUGAACAGCACCAGCGCCAACCACACCAGCCUGUCUAACUUUGCCUUCCUGUACGGCGUCUUCCCCACCGCGCCGAGCGUGGCCAUCUACGCCGCGCACUACAACAUCGAGCUGGAGGUGGUGACUUCUGGGAUGGUGAUCAGCACCUUCCUGUCGGCGCCCAUCAUGUACGUGUCGGCCUGGCUGCUGACGAUCCCCCUCAUGGACCCCACCCCCCUGGUGACGGAGCUGGAGAACGUCAGCUUCAACAUCAGCAUCAUCAGCCUCGUAGCCCUGGUGUGGACCAUCGUGGUGAUGCUGCUCAGCAGGAAGUUCAACAGACUUCCUCACCUCUUUGCCUUAAACCUGUUCCUGGCUCAGUUCCUGGUGUGCGUCAGCAUGAUCCUGUGGAACUUCUUGGUGAAACAAGACGACAACCUGCUGGGCCAGAUCCUCACCUUCACGCUGCUCUACGGCUCUCUGUACAGCACCUACGUCUGGACAGGUUUAAUUCCUCUCUGCCUGGCGCUGACCAACAGGGAUGACCUGCUGAGGCUGCGACCGGGAGUGUUCAUGGCGUUGGGUUGGGGGGUUCCCUUCCUGGUGGUCGGAGCCCUUCUGCUAUCAGGAGAAAGGACUGACACCAUAGACUCCGCCUUCUUCUAUGGCCGAGCUCAGAUCAUCAGCACGGCGGUGGUGCUCGCCGUCAGCCUGCUGCUCGGCGCCGUGUCUCUGAUGGGCCUCAGCCAGGCGGGCAGGGAGGAGAGCGGCUACGAGGCCCUGAACAGAGCGGCCCUGAUGGGCAUCGGUGACGAGCUGAGGACCCCCGGUGGCCUGGAGGAACCCCAACAACAACAACAACAACAACAACAACAGGAGCCGCAGAUGGCAAAUUCCCCAGCCGGCAGCAUCAACUCAGACCUCCACGGCUUCUCUCCUCUCCAGCCAAUACCUGACAUGAUAGCCAGCACGCAGAGGGAGCACUCAAACAACACCAGCCACAGCGGGGCGCUGUGUGACGGGCUGCAGCCGCCGCUGCUGCAGCAGCAGCCGGGUUCUUCCUCGUCCGAGCAGCCGCUGAACCUGCCGCCGCCCGGGCUCCAGACCACCGACGACAGACAGACAGUCAGACACGUCCUGCUCUGCCUGCUGCUGUUUGUCAGCCUGCUGGCGAACCUGUCCAGCUGUCUGUGGUGGCUGUUCAACAAAGACCCCGGGAGGCUUUACCUGGAGCUCCAGUUCUUCUGCGCCGUGGCCAACUACGGACAGGGCUUCCUGUCCUUUGGGAUCUUCGGUCUGGACCGGCACCUCAUCAUCCUGCCCUUCAAGAAGAGGCUGCUCUGGCUGUGGCAGGGCCGAGACGAUGAGGAUCUGAGUCCCUCAGGUGUACCAGAGGAGGUCCGGCUCACCUGCACCCAGUUCGUCCGCUACCACAAAGACCAGUGCGUGCAGGACAUCGUGCACACGCGCAGUGGCUUGGGGGAGAGUGUGAGCGCCUCGACAGGUGAAUCCUUCCUCUGAUAAUGACAGGUUCGGAGGAGGAGGAGGAGGAGGGCGAGAGGAGGAGAACGGGGGCUUGAUGCACCCCCCGUCCCAUCAGCCCCAGUACCGACACCCGCAUCAGGAUCUUCAGGAGCCGCAGACCCUCCGACGGAUUCACCGAUCUCAGGAUCCGGAUGAAUCUGAGUCCCACCGCGACGUCCCGGAGGAGCAGAUCUGUGACCCGGCUAAUCCUCUUGCUUCGACCCCGCCCCAUCCCGAUCCUGAUCCCGACCCCGACCCCCAACCCCUCUUUGAAGGUGCGUUUCGGGGCAGUGACUUGGUGGACUGGCUGGUCGAGCGCCUCCUGUGCGCCGGGCGAGCCGAGGCCCGACGCUACGGCGUUCGACUCCAGCGGGGCGGCGUGCUGGCUCACCCGGCGGGUCAGCACGCCUUCAGGGACGAGCCCACCCGGCUGUACCACUUCACACGGGAGGAGAGGGGGGGUGGAGGGGAGGAAUGGUCCCAGGUCAUGUGAGAGGAGGCUGGGGGGGUGCAUUGUGGGACAUUUGAGGGGGCUGUCGCCCAAAAAUGUGAAAACAUCCGCUGAUGAGAAGCUUCAUUUGCAGUUUAAUUGGAAAAUAUAAUAAAUACUAAAUACAGGCGACAUGGAAGAACAAGUGAUGGUCGGGAGAGGAAAACAAGCGCCCCCUGCUGGUCACCAAGUCCCGUCGGCCUUUUUCUUUUUUUGGGGGGGGGUUUAAACGCUUUGAUUUUAGCAUUUUGAUAUUUUGCACGUUGCGUCCGUCGCCCACGUGGACGACCUGCAUGACCCCGAGCGGCACCGAACCUCCCGAGUGACGUCAUUCUACACGUGGUUUUUGUUGUUUAAUUAUGCAACUCACUGGUUAUUGAUUUGUCUUGUGACCUUUGCAUUGUUUAAUUGUGUUGAAAUAUGUAUUUUGGACCAUGGGUGGAAUCUGGCACAAGCUUGAUUUUAGCCCAGGACGUGAACUCUUCUUUUUGGGGUUGCUGAUCCUGAAUAAACUGAUGUAAUUAA